AUGAGCGCUGAACCAGGAAAAGAUGGAGCUCCAGAUGGUCUUGCGCCUCCAGCAGGGGAACCGAAUGCUGAUGGAAUCGUCGGAGGACCUCGAACUCCUCAGCAGAUUGCUGCACAGCGACGAUUGCAGCAGACUCAGUGCCAGGUCGAUGAGGUCGUGGAUAUCAUGAAAACCAACGUAGAAAAGGUACUAGAACGAGAUCAGAAAUUGUCGGAACUAGACGACCGUGCUGAUGCUUUGCAACAAGGAGCCUCACAAUUUGAGCAACAAGCUGGCAAGCUAAAAAAUAAAUUCUGGCUGCAAAAUCUUAAGAUGAUGAUAAUUAUGGGAGUUAUUGGAUUGGCCGUACUUGGACUGCUCGUGUUGAAAUUUAUGCCAGCUGAGCAACCACAGCAGCCGAUGAUGAUGGCACCACAGAUUCCGAUGCAACAGAUGCCAAUGCAGGUACAAGGCGGUCAGGGCGCAGCGGCAGCUCCAGCAGGGCUUGUACAAGACGUUGCAUCGUUAGUAUCCAGUUCGCGCCGGCUUGUGAAUUAA